UGGUUCUCCUCCUUUUCACCCCUUUCAAAACCCGCCUCUCUCUCUCUCUCUCUCUCUCUCUCUCCGUUCUUUCAUCUUCAACCAAAAACCACACUUCCGGCCACCCCUUGCCCACAGGUAGCGGUGCGCAGAAGAGAAGCUUCGACGGAUUCAAUCGCUUGCAGGUCUCUGCACGUGACAUCAGGCACGUGCCUGGCCUCGAGUACUUCCCACGCCACAUGCUCGCCUAGAUUCGGGUCGGUUUAGGUCAAAUCUAUUUCCUUUCCGAAACCCAGUAAUUUCUCUUCACAAUGACCGUUACCUUCGGAGCAAACACAGAGCUGUCCCGCUGCUUCGCCCCCUCAAUCAGAGGGUCCGAUGAGAAACUCGGUCCUCUCCAACGGUUUUCCCAUAGGUUUCAGCCGCUAUCGGUGGCUGCCGACAAACUAGGAGUGGCAAGAAGUAGUACGAGGAAUAGUCGCCGCCUGUUUUCGGUGGCGAAGAACAAUUCCGGUGAUAGUCUAACAUACAAGGAUGCCGGUGUGGACAUUGACGCUGGCUCCGAACUCGUUCGUAGAAUUGCGAAAAUGGCACCGGGGAUCGGUGGUUUCGGAGGACUUUUCCCUCUCGGUGAUUCGUACCUUGUUGCCGGUACGGAUGGCGUGGGAACUAAGCUUAAGCUGGCAUUUGAAACUGGGAUCCACGAAACCAUUGGGAUUGAUCUGGUUGCAAUGAGUGUCAACGACAUUGUUACUUCGGGAGCAAAACCAUUGUUUUUUCUCGAUUACUUUGCUACUAGCCGCCUUGAUGUUGAUCUUGCUGAAAAGGUUAUAAAAGGCAUUGUUGAUGGUUGUCGACAAUCUGAUUGUGCUCUUUUAGGAGGCGAGACUGCAGAGAUGCCAGAUUUUUAUGCUGACGGCGAGUAUGAUCUCAGUGGUUUUGCGGUUGGCAUUGUAAAACAAGAUUCAGUGAUUAACGGGAAAGACAUUGUGGCUGGAGAUGUCCUUAUUGGCCUGCCAUCCAGCGGUGUUCAUUCUAAUGGUUUCUCUUUAGUAAGAAGGGUUCUUGCUAGAAGUGGCCUUUCUUUGAAGGACAAGCUUCCUGGUGAAGAUGUUACAUUAGGUGAAGCUUUGAUGGCCCCAACUGUGAUCUAUGUUAAGCAGGUGCUUGAGUUAAUCAGCAAGGGUGGGAUAAAGGGGAUUGCCCACAUAACAGGUGGUGGUUUCACUGACAACAUACCUCGCGUAUUUCCAAAAGGCCUUGGAGCUGUCAUCCAUUGGAACUCCUGGGAGGUCCCAACUUUGUUCAAGUGGAUUCAAGAGGCGGGAAAGAUAGAAGACGCUGAGAUGAGAAGGACCUUUAACAUGGGCAUUGGGAUGGUUCUGGUUGUGAGCCAGGAGACAUCUUAUAGAAUACUCGAGGGCAGAGGUGGUGAUUAUAAAGCAUACCGCAUUGGCGAGGUUAUAAGUGGUGAAGGAGUGAGCUAUCAGUGAAUUGUGUAUCAUGCAUUCCAUAUGCUCUCUUUUGUAUCGAUUUGAUGAGAUAAAUUAUACGGCGAGUUUGGGAUAGAUAUCCACAUCAAUUUUGUCUAGUAAUCCGGAUAACAAAUGUGUGAGAGCUCUCAUCGAAUCUACGUGCCUAGCUUCUAUAAAAACUUUCUCAUAUUUGCUUAGGCAACAAAUUGCUGAAAAUCUGGAUAUGUGAGAGUUUGCAGCUUAUGUAUUUGUUGAAAUUAUGAAUACGAGGGAAAAUUUUCUCGUUAAA